AUUUAACUACUAUUUCGAGGAUUAAAAAAAAGUUAGCGCAAGUGUAUUGGGGACAUGUGGGAUUACUUUGAGAGGACAUUUAGGAGUAAAAAAAAAUAAACUAAGAAUUUUAAAGUUAUGAACAAAGACUUACUAUUUUUUGCCCAUAGUAGUAUUCAUAUGCAUAUAUUAAAUGGGCGAUGUACAAAAUCUUAUUCGAAAUGACCACUUCUUGCUUUCUGAAAAGCGCGCAAACGAUGCGGUCAUUGUUCCACAGCAGCACGCACUGUUUCGCUUGGUAUAUUGGAUAUGUAUUAAUAGAAAACCGUUAUCAGCAACAAACGAAUUCCACAUAUUCUCACCCACUUUUAGCUUCGCUUCUGUUUACUUUUUGUUCAACUGACUUCAGUCCAUUGUAUAAACCAAUCAGUAUGUCUGUGUAUGUACAAUGCUUCCGCCAUUCAAACUUGAGUUUCAUAUUACGUGCCACAAAUGUAAACAAAUAUCAAAUUCACUAGUUCAUUUUUCCACAACCCUCAUAUCCACCCCCACAAAUUCGCUGUGCAACAAAGCCGAAAAACUCCCUUAUCACUUGUUUUCCACCCCUUUUUCGUUGGGUUGCCAAACCACACUGCUCCACAGGACAGCCUUCCACUGCGCAACAGCAAGUCCGAGUGUCAAGAGCGCUGACACUCAGCAUAACAACAUGUGGCAAAGGCAAAGUGCGGUAUAACGGCAUCAAGAAGGCAGUAAUCGUCAGUCUAACAACCGAAGUGUGGGCAUUCAGUUUUUCUUCUAAGUUUGCUUAUUGCAUUUCAUUCUAGAGUUUAUUUUUCGCUUUUUAAUUGCAAUUUAAACAAAUUGCAGAAUAGUUAUACAACGCAAAAGCAACAAAGCUAAUAUAUACUAAGUAACGUGGCGAAGGAAAUAUGCAAUGCAUUCACCGAUAAACGCUUUCGAGUUGAAUGAGCGUCUGAUGACCGCAGUACAGACGGGCAACUUCCAUGGCGUGCUCGAUUGUCUGAUGGAGGGUGCCCGGGCAACCAUUGUUUCCACAUCGUGUGGGCGUACAGCUGUUGGCACCGCGGCGCUGGUGGGUGAUGCUGAAAUCCUUGAGCUGCUGAUACAAUCCUGUGAAGAACCUGAUUUGGAUAUAUUUAACAGAAACCACUCAAACUCGUUUGAAAUGGAAACAGAGUGCACCCCGGACGGCAUGGAUAACCUCGAGUGGGAGGAUGAAUUUAUCGAAAACUGCAACGAUUGUGAGCAAAGUAGUGGAGAGCACGUUGCACAGGAUGCUGAAGACACUUCUCUCUAUUAUUAUUAUGCCAAAACGUUCGAACGUACCGGUGCCAUUAUCACGCGCAUGGAUGAGCCAUAUGCUGUCGCCACAAACUGCGGACACCAGCAAGAUGUACAUCGCGCCGAUGCGCUGCUGAUGACACCGCUACAUUAUGCCGCCGCUUGUGGACACGUGGAGUGUGUGCGAGUAUUACUCUCACAUGGCGCCGCAGUGGAUGCCGUUAAUAGUGACGGUUACACACCAUUACAUGUGGGCGUGGCCUAUGCGGAAGUGGCUCACAUGCUGCUGAAACACGGCGCCAAUCCGAAUUUAAAGACGCUAAACACCGGUGAAACAGCGCUGCAUUUGGCUAUAAGGAAUCAUUCCGUGGCAGUGGCCAAUGUUAUUUUGCAAACAAAUAUGAAUAUCAACGAAACGGAUGACAUCGAUCAGACGCCGCUGAUGUGCGCCAUAGUGGCUAACUUGGACGGUCUUGCGACGACACUGAUCGAACGCAGCGCACGCAUCAACCUGCAGGACAAGGAGGGACACAACGCGCUCUACUACGCGGUCGUGCAGAAUAAUGUGCCGCUCACAGUGUGUUUGUUGAAACGUGGCGCCCGGCGCAUCACUUCCCAUUACCUGCUGCACCAUUGCGUACGCUACAGCAUGCGCGAGAUGGCUGAGACCCUAAUCAGCCACGGCGAUAGCUUGAAUGUGCGCAACAAGGAUGGCCUCACACCCAUUCUGAUCGCAAUACUCAGCCAAAAGAUCGAUAUGCUGGAGUUCUUGCUGCGCGUGGCCACGGCGCAACAAUCACAAGGCAACACGAUAGUUGACACGGUCGAAAACGAGUUGCUCAUCGCCGUGCAAUAUAUAGAUACCGUACAGGACUUCAUACCCAUUGCGCGCAUAUUGUUCGCACAUAGUGAGGGGCGUUGGAUGUGUGCUUCGUUUACUUCGAUGUCGUGGUCGUGUUACAUUCCCUAUUGCCAGACGCCACUGGCGCGCGCUGUUAUGCUCAACAAAUUCGAUAUCGCCGAGUUUUUGGUCAAAGAGGGCGUAGACAUAACACAGGUAUGUGGCGAUCAUGGCAUCAAUCAUUUGCGGGCUACAAAUGCGUCCGGUGCUUUGGAGUUCGCCAAAUUGCUGGUACACACUGGCUACAAAUUCCCGAUACUGCGUACCGAGUUAGCCAAUAAAUGGACCGACGAGCGACGUCACUUCGAAGUGGAAAUGUUUCGGUUGUGCAGCACACCAUUGUCACUGCAAUCGCUAUGUCGAAUUGUGAUAAGGAAUCAACUUUUAGGCCUGCUCAGCGGUUCGGCCGCGAUAAGACAACGAUACUCAACAACGAAGCGUGAAUCGAGUUUGUGUCGUAUGAUAAGCCUUUUGGGUGUACCAAAGAUACUUCAAAAGUAUUUAUACGAGUUCGAUGACUGCGCGUCUGUGAUGAAAAAUACCUGUAAUGUGGAUGGCGGUGGUUAGCAUGAAAAGUAAGGCUGUUAUAUAUGUAUAAGUGGAUAGUUCAUAAAGUUUAUUUAGGAUUAAGAUAGGAUUUCACACAAUAAUAUUGGGUUGAUGAACGAGUAAACUAUUUUGCUCAGCGUAUGUGUAGUACCCAUCUUAAAUAUUACUGAGAGCCAUUAAUUACGCGUAAAAGGGUUGGAUUAAAGGUACACUUAACCUAAAAACAAUUUGGGAGUUAGAAGAUCGCUUUUCAAAGCUGAUCACGAAAUAUUAGUGUAUUCAUAUAUUGAUAUUGUAAGUUUCAAAACUUACUUCCAGUCAUCAGUUGGUAUUUUUCGAUCACCAUAGACUAGGCAUUAUUAAAGUAUGGCGGUUUGAACAGCUCGUCAAUUAGGCUGGGGUUUAGGUUAUAGUCAGUGGCACAAAAAAUUACCAAUUCCAAAUAAUUUUAUUGCCCGUAAAUUAUUUUAUUUUUAAGUGUAAAAACAUUGCAUCUUUAUGUAUGGGUUUGACUUGACUUUCCAGAAAUUUGACAAAAAAUUAAUAAUUUUAGAAGUAAUGGCUGUUUGUAUGCAUACAGUUCCAACCGAAGCUUAUUGAGGUUUCCAUUGCUAAUUCUUGAUAAUUCAUCAAAAUCAAACGCACAAAAAAUAAGUUUUAGUGAUGGGUAAUCUAGUGCCUGAUCGAAGCUUUUUUGCAAUUGUUUUUCAUGUUUUCAAAAAUCUGUUUAAAAUUCAUUGAAAUCUACCGAGCGGUUUUCAAGCUACAAUAGUCUAAAAUUCAAAAACCAUGGUUUUGAAAAAAACGCAUUUGAAGUUUUACACGAACAUUCCAGAGCACCCAAUAACCCUUUGCUGAUUAUCGAAUAACUCGAAAAGUAUUGUCGGAUGUA